AUGGUUGAGGCAGAGGCGCACAAGGAAUCAGAGGCAGCAGCGAGGCAGAAGGAUAAGGCAGCGGCGCUGCAUAUGGAGGAGGCAGACGCACAUAAGGAAGGAGAGGCUCGGAAUAAGGCAGAAGCAGCGGCGCGGCAGAAGGCGGAGGCAGAGGAGCAGAAACAGGCUGCGGAAGAGGCACUACAACUGGCUCGGGCAGAAGCGCGGAAGAAGGCUGUUGUAGAGGCGCGGCAGAAGGCGGAGGGUGAGGCGCAGAAGAUGGCGGAGGCCGAGGAGCAGAAGCAGGCUGAGGCUGACGAACGUAGGAAGCCAGAUGGAGAGGAGGGUUCAGAUGGGAAUAAAAUGAUACAGACAGAGGGACGGGAGACGGCGGGUGCUGAGGGGCACAUCAUCGCAGAGGAAGAGGGGCAGCAUGACGAGGAGGCAGCGUCGCAGGUAUUCGCAUACCGAGAGACGCAGAGCAUGGCAGAGACAGAGCGUCAAAAUACUAUGGAGGAGGUUCGUGUGGUUCGCCAGUCGGGAGGGGGGAUGGCGGAGGGCACGUUAAAGGGGGUGGAAGAGAGGUUGAGAGAGGUUCUUAGAGAAGACUCUGAGCGGCGGAACAGGGAUAGACUGCAGGACGAGGAGCGGAGGCAGAAGGCCACGAGGAAGGAAGCAGACGUCGCAGAGAGACGGAAGAAGGAACGACAGCAGGAGGAAGAGCGUCGGCAGAAGGAGAUGAGAGAGGGAAUGAAGGAGAUGAAGGAGGCGAUGAUGAAGGAGAUGAAGGCAGAAAUGAAGGAGAUGAAGGAUGGGAUGGUAAACCAGAUUGUGGGGAGGUUGAGCGCGGUUUUGCGAGAAGAAUCCGAGCGGCAGAAGAAGGAGAGGGAAGAGAACGCGGAGCGGCGACAAAAGCAGGACGCGAAGAGGAAACAAGUGGCGGACGACGAGGAGAGACAGAAGAAGAAACAACUGGACGAGCAAUGGCGGAAGGAGGAGGAGGAGAAGAGGAAGGAUGUAGAGGCCACCGAGCGGCGGAGGAAGAAGAAACAUCAGGAGGAAGAGCGACGGCAGACGGAGGUGGAGGCGGGAAUGAAGGAAGUGAUGGAGGCUGUGAAGGAGAUGAAGACAGGGAUGAAGGGGUGGAAGGAGGGGAUGCUAAGUGAGGAGGAUGCGCAGAGGAAGGAGGCUGAGGAGGACGAUCGGGAGGAAAGGGAGAAACAACAGGAGAAGGAGCACCAGCAAAAUGAGGAGGCGCAGAGGAAGGAGGCAGAGGAAGCAGAGCGGGUGGAGAGGGAGAAACAUCGGGAGAUGGCGCGCCUGCAGAAGGAAGAGGCGCAGCGGAAAGAUGCAGAGGAGGCCAAGAGGCAAGAGAGGGAAAAACAACAGGAGAUGGCGCGCCUGCAGAAGGAGGAGAGGCAGAGGAAGGAGGCAGAGGAGGUAGAGCGGUGUCAGAGGGCGAAACAGCAGGAACUGGACCGCCUGCAGAAGGAGGAGGCGCAGAAGAAGGAGGCAGAGGAGGCCGAGCGGCAGCAGCGGGCGAAACAGCAGAAAAUGGAGCGCCUGCAGAAGGAGGAGGCGCAGAAGGAGGCAGAGGAGGCCGAGCGGCAGCAGCGGGCGAAACAGCAGGAGAUGGAGCGCCUGCAGAAGGAGGAGGCGCAGAAGGAGGCAGAGGAGGCUGAGCGGCAGCAGCGGGCGAAACAGCAGGAGAUGGAGCGCCUGCAGAAGGAGGAGGCACAGAAGAAGGAGGCAGAGGAGGCCGAGCGGCGGCAGAGGGCGAAACAGCAGGAGAUGGAGCGCCUGCAGAAGGUGGAGCAGUGCCGAGCAGAGAAGAGGGCCAGACUUGCAUCCUACGCGGAACAGCUGCGGCAACUGGAGGCAAAGGCAAAGGCGAUGGCUGAAGAGAUGGAACAAUUGGCAAGGGAGAUGGAAGAGGAGGAUUUGACCAUGCAGGGGGAGGGGACCAGGAAGGGAGUCGAGGAGGAAAUAGCUGAGGGCCUGGGGAGUUUGCUGUUGAUUGAGAGCGGGGAGGCAAAUGUAGCAGAGGGCGUGGCUAUUGUUCCCGGACAGAACGUAGAGGUGUCCAGGAGGCGGCCUAUUAAUCUACGUUUAAUACUCGGCUUCUACGAGGAGGUAGAAGUAUGGGGCUAA